UUCCUGCCCAAGGGCCCCACUGAGCCGUGGGGGAGGGAGUGCCGCACUUUGCAGCCAGGCCCUUGGCAACCGGUGCCUCACUGCUCUCUUCCACCCAGGACGCGGCUGGCGGCUCCUGCCAUGGACAGGUGGUACCUGGGUGGCAGCCCGAAGGAGGACGUGGACCCAUUCUACUAUGACUACGAGACUGUCCGCAACGGGGGCCUCAUCUUUGCUGCCCUGGCCUUCGUCGUGGGGCUCAUUAUCAUCCUCAGUAAAAGACUCCGCUGUGGAGGCAAAAAGAAGCACCGGCAAGUCAAUGAGGAUGAUCUGUAAUGACAGAGUCAGCGGUGCUCCCAGGGCAGGGGGGCCUUUUGGGAAGCCUUCCCUGAGCUGGUGACCUUUGUCCCCAGCAUGGCCAGGCCCUGGGGCUGAAGGAAGCGCCAGGCUCCACGUGAUCUCUGGGUCUGCUCGGCCUCCUCCCACCCAGGCCGCCUCACGUUAAUAAUAAAGCCAGCCUCAGAGAGGCUCCUUCCCCGGC